AUGGACUGCAUAUCUUCAACCGGUUCAGUAAGCUAAGCUUUGCUUCUGCCCUAAAUUACACCCAUAUUUUUACAUCUUUCUUUUUCUUUCAGCAACUGUUCAGGCUUCAAGCCCUCUUUUUUUCCAUGGGACGUACCUGUUUCCCGUGCUAGAAAUCCUCCCCAUCUGUGUGACGCGAUACGCUCUGCCUGCUGCUGCUCGAGAUGGGUGGCAAACCGGAGAUGGCGAAAUCCGCAGAUGAUACAGGGGUCCUGGAGUUAGAAAAAGAAAUUUCCUCGCAAUGGCCGGCCGGCAAUGAUGAGAAGCUGCACGGACAGACCUCAGCCACAGGCUCUACUGCCGAUUUGCAUCCCCGAAAGGGAGAGAAGGAUGCCACCCAAGUGGCUGUCCCUGACGAUGCAGAGGACCCUUUCGCCCAUUUCCCUAGUCAUGAGAGGGAGGUCUUAAAGAGACAGGUCGAUGUGCCUGAUGUCAGUGUGACAUUUCUCGGUCUGUAUCGGUAUGCCACCAAGGUUGACAUAUUGAUCAUCUUUGUGAGUGCGAUUUGCGCCAUCGCUGCUGGUGCUGCUUUGCCUUUGUUUACAAUCCUUUUUGGGACUCUAGCUACCGCCAUGAAAGACAUCAUGCUAGGAACCAUACCUUACCACGAAUUCUACCAUACGCUGGUACACAAUGUCUUGUACUUUGUCUAUCUUGGCAUUGGCGAAUUCGUGACGGUGUAUAUCAGCACUGUAGGGUUCAUAUACACUGGUGAACAUAUCACGCAAAAGAUCCGCGAGCGCUACCUGGAGGCUAUCCUGAGGCAGAACAUUGCGUAUUUCGACAAACUGGGCUCUGGGGAGAUCACCACACGAAUCACUGCCGACACUAAUCUUAUUCAGGAUGGUAUCUCGGAGAAGGUUGGGCUCACGCUGACGGCUAUUUCAACGUUUGUGACGGCUUUCAUUGUUGCUUAUAUCAAGUAUUGGAAGUUGGCCCUCAUCUGCAGCUCGACAAUCGGUGCGAUGCUUUUUUGCAUGGCGGGUAGUUCCAGGUUCAUCAUCAAAUUCAGCAAACUCUCUCUGAUCCAUACUGGUGCGGCUGGGACUGUCGCCGAAGAAGUGAUCAGCUCAAUCCGCAACGCAAUAGCGUUCGGCACUCAGGAUAAAUUGGCUAGGCAAUACGAAUUGCACUUGAUCGAUGCAGAGAGAUGGGGUGUUAGGAUGGAGAUGAUUGUGGGUAUCUUGAUCGGGUCGAUAUUUGGUAUCAUGUAUUUGAACUAUGGCCUGGGUUUCUGGAUGGGCUCUAGGUUUGUGGUUGAUGGAAGCGUCAACUCUGGACAGGUCUUGACCAUCCUGAUGGCCAUUAUCACCGGCUCAUUCAGUUUGGGAAAUGUAAGCCCGCAUAUCCAGGCAUUCACCAGCGCCUUGGCCGCAGCCGUCAAGAUAUACGGCACAAUCGACCGACCAUCGCCGUUGGACCCAACAUCAGACGAAGGAAGUACACUGGACCACCUGGAUGGCAACAUCGAGUUCCGUAAUGUCAAGCAUAUCUAUCCUUCCCGGCCAGAGGUUACCGUGAUGGAUGAUGUUUCCUUGUUGAUACCUACUGGGAAAACAACUGCACUAGUGGGCCCAUCUGGAUCUGGGAAGAGCACCAUCGUCGGACUGGUCGAGCGCUUCUACACUCCUGUGAAUGGCUCGGUUCUCCUUGAUGGCCAUGACAUCCAGACUCUCAACCUCCGUUGGCUGCGCCAGCAGAUCUCACUUGUAAGCCAGGAGCCUAUCCUCUUCAGCACAACCAUAUAUCAAAACAUUCGCUACGGCCUUGUUGGUACAAAAUCCGAACAUGAACCAGAGGAGAGGAUUAGAGAGCUUGUUGAAAAUGCAGCCAGGAUGGCCAAUGCUCACGACUUCAUCACAGCGUUACCCGAAGGAUACGAAACGAACGUUGGUCAGCGUGGCUUCUUACUCUCAGGAGGUCAGAAGCAGCGGGUUGCUAUUGCUCGCGCCAUCGUCAGUGACCCCAAGAUUCUUUUACUUGAUGAAGCGACAUCAGCGUUGGAUACCAAAUCAGAAGAAGUCGUCCAGGCUGCUCUUGACAGAGCCGCCGAGGGCAGAACGACCAUCGUGAUUGCUCAUCGCCUGUCCACUAUCAAAUCGGCACAUAACAUUGUGGUUUUUGUUGACGGGAAAAUUGUGGAACAGGGGUCGCAUAGCCAGCUUCUCACCCUUGGGGGUACAUAUGCAAGGCUUGUCGAGGCGCAGAAUAUCCAUGCGGAAAGGAAGGCAGAGGCUGUUAAGGCUGCUGAAGCAGAUGACAAUGAUUUUAAUGAUUCCCAGAUGACUCAAACCAAGUCUGCAGCUGAAAAUUCCAUCUCCUCGAACCUAGACGACAAGACGCUCCAGGAGGAUAUUCGACGAGUGGACACGACGAAGUCUAUUUCCAGCGUCAUUCUUUCUAAGAGCAGCCAGGAAACUGUUGGGAGUUACUCAUUGUGGACACUGAUCAAAUUCAUUGCUUCUUUCAACCGACCUGAAUUCGUGUAUAUGGUCAUUGGGCUCGUUUUCUCUGUCCUGUCAGGCGGAGGGCAGCCCACCCAAGGCGUCUUGUACUCGAAGGCAAUAAGUGCCAUUUCACUUCCCCCGAGCGAGUACGGCAAACUGAGGCACGAUGCUAAUUUUUGGUCUUUGAUGUUCCUGGUCGUUGGCAUCGCUCAGUUUUUCGACUUCGCCGUCCAAGGUGUCGCCUUCGCCUUCACAUCAGAGAAGCUGAUCCGUCGUGCAAGGAGCAAAGCUUUUAGAGCGAUUCUUCGACAGGACAUUUCCUUCUUUGACCGAGAAGAGAACAACACGGGUGCAUUAACUUCCUUUCUCUCAACCGAAACCAAGAAUCUGUCGGGUAUUAGCGGGGUGACGCUGGGCACUAUCCUGCUGACCGUUACAGUUCUUUCUGCUUCGAUGGUCAUCGCAUUGGCGAUUGGAUGGAAAUUGGCUCUUGUCUGUAUUUCAGUACUCCCAGUUCUGUUAGGCUGCGGGUUUUUCCGCAUGUAUGUACUCGCUCGAUUUCAGCGUCGGUCCAAGACUGCGUACGAAGGAUCUGCGAGCUACGCCUGUGAAGCGACGUCCGCCAUCCGCACCGUCGCCUCUCUCACCCGCGAAAAGGACGUCUGGCAAAUAUACCACGCUCAAUUGGUGGAGCAAGGAAGAAAGAGCCUGAUUUCUGUAUCGAAGUCCUCUAUUCUCUACGCUGCCUCCCAGGCGCUUGUGUUCCUCUGCAUUGCACUGGGGUUCUGGUAUGGUGGCACCCUCCUCGGUCAUCAUGAGUACAGCAUGUUCCGUUUCUUCGUUUGCUUUUCAGAGAUCAUCUUCGGUGCACAAGCGGCUGGCAUAAUCUUCUCCUUUGCCCCAGACAUGGGGAAGGCCAAAAAUGCCGCAGCCGAAUUCAAAAGACUCUUUGACAGGAAGCCGACGAUCGACACCUGGUCCGCGGAAGGUGAAAAGGUUGAGUUUAUGGACGGUGCGGUUGAAUUCAGAGACGUCCAUUUCAGAUACCCUACGCGACCGGAACAGCCCGUUCUCCGCGGUCUAAACCUGUCUGUUAAACCUGGUCAGUAUAUCGCACUCGUGGGACCCAGCGGAUGCGGAAAGAGUACUACCAUUGCUCUGCUUGAGCGCUUCUACGAUACUCUUUCUGGUGGGGUCUAUGUCGAUGGGAAAGAUAUCAGGGAGUUGAACGUCAAUUCAUACCGCAGCCAUUUGUCUCUUGUCAGCCAGGAGCCCACGUUAUAUCAAGGCACUGUCAAGGAGAACAUCCUCCUAGGGACCCAGAAAUCGGAUAUCUCAGAAGAAGCGAUAGUCAAAGCCUGCAAGGACGCAAAUAUCUAUGACUUUAUCAUGUCGCUUCCAGAGGGAUUCAACACCGUCGUGGGAAACAAGGGAGGCAUGUUAUCCGGUGGACAGAAGCAGCGGGUAGCAAUCGCUCGAGCUCUUCUCCGGGAUCCCAAGAUACUGCUUCUGGAUGAAGCCACAUCAGCGCUUGACUCGGAAUCCGAGAAAGUGGUGCAGGCGGCAUUGGAUGCUGCCGCAUGUGGACGCACAACGAUUGCAGUCGCGCACCGACUGAGUACUAUCCAGAAUGCCGAUGUCAUCUACGUCUUUGACCAGGGCAGAAUCAUCGAAAGUGGACGGCACCACGAGCUCCUGCGCAAUAAGGGCCGUUAUUACGAAUUGGUUAAUCUACAAAGUUUAGAGAAUUCCGGGUAACCUGAUUGGAAAUGUCCUACCUAAUUAUACAUAUGACACUAUACAGACUUUUAAUUCUAUCAUCAUAGACUUUCCCCUUCUGAAUGCUCCUAGAGGUCGCACCGUGACAGUAAGCUGUCAUGACAUAUUAAUUAGGGGCUGCCAAGUCGUGCAUAAGGCUAUCUACGAAUUGCCCAAGGAUAUAGCUGAAGCCAUCAGCAGUAUAUUGAUUUUUGGUGAUCCUUUGCAAUAUUUAAGUAACUUCCGACAGACAGCGACGAGAAUAUCGCCAAUGUUGACACCUCCAAGGUCUACACGACCUGCCACCCUC